ACUACUUAUUCGAGAAAACAUGCAAGUGCGCUCAAAAAAGCCCGUUUGGUUCCUGUUCAAGUUUGUGGAGCUGCUGCUGAGCCUUGGAUGCUGCAUUAUACACUGGCGCUGUUUCAAUGAAGAGGGUGUUCCGCACAUCUUUCUGCUAUGUGGAACAUAUGGUGGAUCUGUGAUCAUCUGCCUUGUGUCCCUGAUCGGAGCUUUUUACGCCGAGCGGCCUACAAUGAAGCACGAAGCUGCAUUUGGAGGCAUUUUGGGUGUCCUGCACAUCAUCACAGUGUAUGCCCACAUGUACAUGGCGACGCUGGAGGAGUUCCGAACCGAUAAAUGGCCCGACUUCUAUAUGUGCUGCAGGGAUAAUGCCAUGGCAGCUCUUUAUGCCGGAGCCAUUUACCUGCUGCACUGCACCUUCGCUCUGGACCUGAUGCUCUCGCACAGGGAAAAGAAGAGGAUGCACCCGCAGAGGAGCAAGCGGCCACUCCGGCUCUACUUCAUCAGUCCGGGAGCGGAGGCAUAUCUUAGUCGAUUCUGGCUGUUCCAACACAUAUCCGCCAGAAUGUUGACGAGUGCGCAGCCAUCGGAACACUCCAGUCGGAAAGUAAAAAAUGUUUCGUCCUCCGAUUCGGAAUCAGAUGACCAGGAGGAGGCCGUGAAAAAAUCUGUGGAGUUCAAGUAGAGGAUUAUAAUAGAAGUCGUACAAAAUUCG